CAUGCGCAGUUAGUGAGAACGAGCCUUGGGUAGGUGAGGGAAGCGUCACUGCUUGUAGUGCGCGUGCGCAGACCGAGGAGCGCGGUAGCGAUUCCCGGGUCCGCGGAGUUCGGGUUCUCCCCGCGUGUUUCGGGCGGGAGGCCAGGUCUCAAACAGGCUGAGCCACAUCCUUGAUGAGCACCUGGGCUUUGUGGCGAUUUCCUGCACCACUGACUAGAACAUGCACAGCACCACAGGGACUUGGGCUGUGGGAGAUGCUGGCACUGCUGUCCCCAGGAAUGGGCCCCACUACAGUGCAGGUGGCAGGCAAGAAGGCCUGCUCAGUGCUGCAUCCCCUGGAUGAGAAUGAACUGGAAGAGCAGUUUGUGAAGGGACAUGGUCCAGGGGGCCAAGCCACCAACAAAACCAGCAACUGUGUGGUGCUGAAGCACAUGCCCUCCGGCAUCGUGGUCAAGUGCCACCAGACAAGAUCUGUUGAUCAAAACAGAAAGCUAGCUCGGAAAAUCCUACAAGAAAAAGUGGAUGUUUUCUACAAUGGUGAAAAGAGCCUUGUUCACAAAGAAAAACGAGAGGCAGAGAAGAAAAAGCAAGAAAGGAAAAAAAGAGCAAAGGAAACUCUAGAAAAAAAGAAAUUACUGAAAGAACUAAGGGAAUCAAGUGAAAAUGUCACUGAGAAAAGAAUUGCCAAUUUGGACUGAAUCCAUGAGAAGUUUCCACAGAGAAGUGGCCAGGCCCAUCUCCCACUGGGUGUACACUUAAAGCAAGCAUCCACACAGACAGACAGCAGACAAUGUCAGCUCAUUCUCUCAAGAAUAAAACAAUCAGACUGGGAUUAUGACUUAGUGACAAAGUGCUUGCCUACCAUGCAUGAAGUGGCACUGUGGC